CACCGGCUGUGUGUGGCUUCUACAGACACACAUUUUUAUAUAAGCACACACUGAGCCAAGCAGACGAGGACAUCGCCACAGACAGAUGUUUAUGUAGAGAGACAGGAAGGAAAAGAAUUUACAGCAUGGCGUCCUUUGUCACAGAGAAAGCUCCAUCCGUCCCCCUGUGUGGACGCUCUCUACCCCAACAGGAGCUUCCUUCUCUGGGCCUCGAUCCGUCUGACUUCAGCCUGUACAGCCCUCCAGCUCCUCCUGAGCCCAGCCUGUCUGCAUCCCAGUGGCUCCCAACUUCUAACAACCACAGCGACCCGUACCUCUGCGUCAACAGCCCAGAACCAGGCCCCAUCUCUGGGGCCACAGGACUCCCUCCAGGCUUCUUCCCUUAUCUCUACAGCCUCCAGAGGCCCCUGUUCCCCAGCAGCCCCUGGUUCUCACUGUCCACCCCGGAAGACAUGAUGCGCCUGGUCCGCCCGCCGUACUCCUACUCGGCCCUCAUCGCCAUGGCAAUACAGAGCGCACCUGAGCAGCGGCUGACACUCAGCCAAAUCUACCAGUAUGUCUCAGACAACUUCCCCUUCUAUAGCCACAACAAGGCUGGCUGGCAGAACUCCAUCCGCCACAACCUGUCGCUCAACGACUGUUUCCAGAAGGUUCCCCGCAACGAGAGCGACCCAGGUAAAGGAAACUACUGGAUUCUGGACCCAAACUGUGAGAAAAUGUUUGACAACGGAAACUUUUGCCGCAAGAGGAAGAGGAGGAGUAUGAAAGGUAACGUGAACACUGGAAAGCAAACUUCUUCCUGCUCAUCCUCAGACUCUGGCCUGUCAGAGCCCAGCCCUAAAAUUCCCAGCAUACACUGCAGUGGCGGCAGCAGCGUUGGCGGCAGCACUGAGCUCCCUGCCCUCUCAGACACUCCCCCCAGCCUCAGCAGCUUCCUGUGUCCCCUCCAGGAUUCCCUUCUCUCUCCUCCCCCUCUUCUUCCUUCUCACGCCAGCUCCCCUGAGCUAUACGUGCAGGUGCCGGACCAUGCCUCCCCCCCUCUUCCUUCUCAGGGACAUGCCUCUUCUUACUCGCCCGGCGCCGUGGUGCCGCAGUGGGACGCCUGCAGCUCCUCUCCUCCCCUCUACUCCUCCCUUCAUCACUCCUUACCUCCUCCUCCCCCCCCUCCACCCUUCUCCUACCUCGCCGACCCCCAGGCCGGUUCGCCGCCUCUCUACAUCGACCUGCAGACGGCGUCCUGUCUUCUGACGGACUUCCAGGAGGCCCAGCAGCUUCUGCAGCUUCAGUGUGAGCCUCUCUCCUCCGGGGGCUUCGCUGACGCGCUGCCCCUCGACUCUCUUGUCCUCCACCAGUGACACAAACUGGUGGUGACACCUCCAGAGAACGUCUUGUGUUUACACUGAGAACUGAUGUGAAUUUUAUACUUUGUAUAGUAUUUUUUUUAAUUUGUAAAAUGUCUCCAGGUGAAUGUUUGACUAGAUUCA